AUGAAGCGGACACAGUCGCCUACCAGGGCUCUGAACAGAGCAGCAGUCGCCUUUGGUAGUAACAUGGGCGACCGGGUCGCAAACAUCGAAGCUGCUCUGGCCGAGAUGAAGCAAAGGGGCCUAAGUGUCGUCAAGACGAGCUCUUUAUACGAGACCAAGCCGAUGUACUAUGAUGACCAAGAUCCAUUCUUCAACGGCGUCUGUCAGAUCGAGACAUCUCUCGAGCCGAUACCAUUGUUGGACGUUCUGCAGAGCAUCGAAAACGAUCUAGGUAGAAAACGAAUUAUCGACAAGGGGCCCAGGACGAUUGAUCUUGAUAUCAUACUCUACAACUCCGAACGCAUCAAACACCCCCGACUUGAAGUCCCUCAUAAAUCGAUGCUGGAGAGAGAGUUUGUUCUGAGGCCGCUAGCCGAUAUUCUUCCGGAGGAACACGUGCCGCCUAGCUUUUCUUCCAGAGGUAGUAGCAGCACGAUCGCGCAGCAUCUUAGUUCUCUAGCGACAAAGGACAAGACGAUGUCUCCAGUCACUGUGCUCAAUUCCCGAAUGCCGUUACUUCGCACUCAUGACCCAAGCCGCAAAACCCAUAUCAUGGCCAUCCUAAACCUCACCCCAGAUUCUUUCUCAGAUGGUGGGGUACAUAGUCCCAAGGAUCGGGACUCUAUCAAGUCGACAGUCAAGAGAUUCAUUGCUGCGGGAGUCCAGAUCAUCGAUAUCGGAGGACAAAGCACACGGCCAAAUGCAGACUUUCUCAGCGCCGAAGAAGAGCUUAGCCGAGUUCUGCCUAUCGUCAAAGCUAUUAGGGAGAUGAAAGAAGCCGAAGAUAUCGCCAUCAGUAUUGACACUUUUCACUCCUCAGUCGCGCGUGAGACCAUCCAUGCAGGAGCUGACAUCAUCAACGACAUCUCGUCCGGGGUGCUGGACGAAGAAAUGCUCCCUACAGUUGCAAAACUCGGGAAGACAAUCAUUUUGAUGCACAUGCGAGGAAAUCCACAUACAAUGACCAAGCUAACCGAUUAUCCCGAUGGUGUGGUCAACGGAGUAGCUAAAGAACUCAGCGAGCGUGUCAGAGCCGCUAAGACUGCAGGCAUUCUGCCAUGGCGCAUCAUCCUGGAUCCAGGACUUGGGUUUGCGAAGAACCAGUCUCAGAACCUAGAGCUCCUACGCCGGUUAAGGGAUCUUCGAGAGAACACAGAACAGUUGCGGGAUCUCGGGAAUUAUCCGUGGCUCAUGGGUCCAAGCAGAAAAGGCUUCGUGGGCAAGAUUACCGGAGUUCAACAAGCCUCAAAACGAAGCUACGGCACAGCAGCGGCCGUGACUGCGAGUAUUGAAGGCGGUGCUGAAAUUGUCCGAAUCCACGAUGUGGAGGAGAUGAUUCAAGUGACGAAGAUGGCGGAUGCAAUCUAUCGAACCCCUUGA